CCCCACUUCUGCACGCUGCAGCUCGGCUGGGUUCAGUUCAGGGACGAUCGGGUGAAAUUAAACUGUUUUACGGCACGUAAAUCUGGGCUAGCUGCAGAGGGAAGAGCUUUAGACGGAGGCGUGCGGAUGUCGGGAUGACAGGAAGAUGGCCAGCGGGGUUGGAAAACACAAGCUGCUUGUGAUUGGACCAACAGAGCCAUGGUCGGUGAGGGAGAAGCUAUGUUUGGCCACAUCUGUCAUGAAGAGUGGGGACCAGAACUGGGUGUCAGUCAGUCGGGCCAUAAAACCGUUUGCAGAACCUGGACGACCACCUGACUGGUUCUCUCAAAAGCACUGUGCUUCCAAAUACUCCGAGCUCCUGGAAACUACCGAGGCCCCAAAGCGGAAGCGUGGGGAGAAAGGUGAAGUGGUGGAGACGGUGGAGGAUGUGAUAGUACGCAAGCUGACAGCCGAGAGGAUAGAAGAACUCAAGAGGUUAAUCAAAGAAUCACAGGAGCAGCACAGGAAGCUGAAGAGAGACGCUGACUUGAUACAAGCGGGACAUGUAGAUUCUAAACUUGAGGAGUUGUGGCAAGAGAUUCUGCAGAAGAAGAAGCUGGAAGAGGAGGAAGCAGAGUUAAAAAGAAAAAACACAGAUGCUGCUUUUCAGGCCAGACUGGCGGUGAGAAAUGCCCCCAAGCGCAUGUCCAGUGCCGCCGUGCAUUCGCCAUCUGCCUGUAGUUCCCCGAGUCAGGAGUUCUCACCAGGUGACCCGCUGGAGUGCCUCACACUCGAUCUUCCAUUCACAAAAAAUGUGUUUGGGACGUCCAGGUUAUUGUCUUUUGCUGAAACCUCUGGGCCUGGCAAUGAUGACGUGAGCCAUGGGACACUUCUGGAUGACUCCGCUCAAAAGAAGCUCCUGAACCAGAAAGUCACACCCCCACCAUCUCCGCUACUGUCGGAGUUACUGAAGAAGGGCAGCAUCUUGGCCACAAACUCCAGACUGGUUGUGGAGGUGGACGUUUCUACAGGUAACAUGACUGGAACACCUGACCUGCAGCUGGCUCCAUCCUCUCAGCCGCUCUCACAGGCAACAGGUGCCCCGAUGUUGUCCCGUCUCCUGGAGGCAGGUCCCACCCAGUUUUCUCCUCCGUUAGGUUUCAUGGCCAGUGGCGACGCUGCCGCCGGCGUUCCUCUCCCUACUGCCUCUCCCGUUCCUGUCGACGCCAACUUCCCCGGAAAUUCAGAGGUGCACGGCUUGGUGCCGUCUGGGGCUCCUGAAGGCCGACCCGCGUCCACAGAGAAGGUGUCGGUCGUCAGCGAGGACGAUGUAACCAUGUCCUACAUGGGGGACGAGCUGGACCUGAAGACAGUGGGGGACAUUAUUGCCAUCAUCGAGGAAAAGGCCGACGAGGCUGCAGAGGCGUUGGACGCAGCAGCCGUCGAGGCCGCCUUGUCUCUCUGUGAGGAGAACGGCCACGCUCUGUCCGUGGGCUGGGACAGCGGGCCUUUCCAGCCCCGGGAGUCUCCGUCUGCAGUGCCAGGAGUGGUCUCGCAGUCCUCGGCCCUCCCAUGCGGCCUGGAGGGCGGCACGCAGGCCUCCCUGUCUUCUCUGUACAGCAAUCGGGACAAGAGUCUUACAGUUUCUCCUGUGGAGCUAAGGAACCUUCCCUCCACCUCCUCAUCUUCGUGCCACUCAAAGACUCUGAAGCACUGCCACAGUCCAUCCAUGUCCCAGUUUGAGGCGAUGAGACGGAUGGGAGAGGUGGGGGACCCUGAGAAACAGAUUCACAUGGACGGUAGCAUGAAAUGCAGAAGUGAUAAGGCACAGCAGAGACGAGAAAAAUCCUACAGAGACUCUGCAAUGGAAAACAGCCCACUGUCAGAAAGGCAACCCAAGGAGACAAACCUUGAGGAUGGAAUCAGGGUUAAAGGUGGAGAAAAAGCCUUGGAGACCAAAGCAGAGCAAGAUGUCACUGAGUCAGAGUUAUGCGGAGAAGAGGAGGCCGACGGGGAGGAGGAGUUCUCAUCAGAACCAGACAGGGAAAUGGAGCUGGAGCCCGCCGCCAGCGAGAGCGAGGAUGGCUACAGUCUCCACACGGCGUCCUCGUCCUUGCAGCUCCACACGGUGGCCGACUCCAUCCCCAGCAGCCCUGCCUCAUCACAGUUCUCUGUGUGCAGUGAGGACCUGGAGGCUCUACAGGCUCACAAGAUCUGGAAGAAAGCCAUUAUGCUUGUGUGGCGUGCAGCAGCCAAUCACAGGUAUGCAAACGUCUUCCUUCAACCAGUAACAGAUGAAAUUGCACCUGGAUACCAUAGUAUUGUGCACAGGCCCAUGGACCUGGCCACCAUAAAGAAGAACAUCGAGACGGGUUUGAUUCGGACCACGGCGGAGUUCCAGCGGGACAUCAUGCUGAUGUUUCAGAAUGCGGUGAUGUACAACGGCCUGGAUCACGACGUGUACCACAUGGCCCUGGAGAUGCAGCGGGACGUCCUCGAGCAGAUCCAGCAGUUUCUCGCCACCCAGCUCAUUAUGGAGACAUCAGAAUCUGGUAUCAGCGCCAAGAGCCUGAGGGGCCGUGAGAGCACACGCAAACAGGACUCUACUGACAAGGACACUGUGUCCAUGUCCUCACCUGCUUUCCUUCUCUCUCUUUUUGAUGGGGGCACCAGAGGGCGCCGUAGUGCCAUAGAAGCAGAUCUCAAGAUGAAGAAGUGAACCUUUAGUAUGAAAACCAUGUUCCUGGGAUCCAGCGAUGCCCCUGAUGUGAUGGUUGGUGUAACAUCGCCUCCAAUUGUGCUGCACACUGAUUGGGUGCAGUUUAAUGAAGAGAGUCUCAUUCCUCCAGAGACCGCCGUACAGACAUGGAUUACAUACUACACAAUCCAGAUUACUGCGGGGCAUUCUGCAAGAAACUUUCCUACAUGUAACUGGUGAUCAACAAGACUUAACCCGCUCCAACGUUCAUCCAGUUAUACGCAAGACUAGUCAAAAGCUGCGACGUGCCUGCUCUCAGGCGUGUCCAAACUUUUGCCUGGUGCUGUCCAUGUGGAUGCUCGUGGUCUUUAUCUGAGCUGCAACUCAAGUCCCACAUUUACCAGUAAUCUGCACCUGUAAGUAACGGACCAGAGGGGCGCAUAUUUAUCUCAAACCGACAGUUUCAGCGAGUAAAACUCUUAAUUUCUUCUAAUCUAAUUUAAAGACUUCCCAAUCAUUUUUAAAUAUGACUGUAUUGUUUGUGUUGAACUGAUUUUGCCUGUGACACUUCCUGUGAAACAAACAUAACAAAGGUAUUCCUUUAAAGCUAUUUUCAGUGUUUUUGAAAAUGUGAUAUUUUUUGUGGACUU